CCUUCUUUCCCUCCAAACACAUUUCACAUUUCUACCUGCACGAACUUAACUUCAGAAAUCAUGAAUUUCAGGAAAACCCUUAUAGUUUUCAUAUUCCAUUUUGUUGUUUCUGUGUUUUGUAGAGAUAGAGAUACUGUAAAUAUGUUGGUGUCCUACUUAUCCUAUGAGAAUGCUGAUGUGCCGACUUCGCUGCUAGUUCCUGGGUUGUGCUGGUCGCCUUACUACCAGAAGACCUUAGCCGCGCUGUUGUCCCAGCACUCUGUCCCCACGGGCGGCUCGCUGCAGCCAGCUCGCUCGGAGCACUACCUGCAGCACGUGCUGGUGCUGGCCGACCUCGCCUGCCCGGGGGCGCAGGAGCUGCUGGAGACCGCAAACAAGGAUCUGCUAUUCAAGUCACCGUACAGAUGGCUGCUCCUGGACUAUGAAGUUCCUGAACAGAACCAGCAUCUGCUGCGAGUCAUCGACAUCCUCGUGGACAGCAAUGUCGUCGUUGUUAGGAGGUCUAACCACGGAUUCACUUUUACUGAAGCUUACAAAAUAAACGAGACAUCCGAACUAAUAGAACAUGCAAGAGGCUCCUGGCGACCUAUUUACAAUCUUCCUCCAACACCUCAUAAAUCUAUUGGAAAAGAAAAACAUGAAGACAGCAAUAACACUGGGAUUAUAUCAGAAAACGGUGAUGAAAUGGUUAGAAUAACAGCUUUUACCCGAGAAAUCAAAGUAGACCAAUAUGGCAUAAUCGAAGAUUACAGACAGUCGAAGGUGAUCUCAUCAAGAAGGCAUGACUUGAGGAGACAUGUCCUGACAAUGUCCAACAUUCUGAUCGAAACUAAUGAAACCAUGAAGCACAUGAAUGAUCGACUUGACCUCCACCACGACUCCAUCACCAAGAUGUCUUACAUGGUGGUGAGCAUCUGCUUCGACAUGCUGAACGCGACGGAGCGGCUCAUCUUCACCAACUCCUGGGGCUACAGGAACCAGACCGGCCACUGGCAGGGGCAGAUCAACUCGCUGCUGACGAAGGAUGCUGAUUUAGGAACCCUCACAAUCUUCACUCAAGAGCGCAUGCAAGUCAUAGACUACGUGGCCAUGGUGGGCAGAACAGCCGUCCGUUUCGUCUUCAGAGAGCCACCACUAGCCUAUGUGGCUAAUAUCUUCGCACUACCCUUCACUGGAGCCGUCUGGCUGGCCAUACUCAUCUGUGUGCUGGGAUGUGCCCUGCUUCUGUAUGUGACAUCGAAGUGGGAAGCUUCUAUGGGGAUGCACCCCCUGCAACUGGACGGGUCGUGGGCCGACGUGCUGAUCCUCAUCAUAGGAGCUGUCCUGCAGCAGGGAUGCACGCUGGAGCCGAGACAUGCUGCUGGGCGCGUGGUGACGCUUCUUCUGUUCAUAUCGCUGACGAUCCUGUACGCCGCGUACUCGGCCAACAUCGUGGUGCUGCUGCGGGCCCCCAGUUCCUCUGUGCGCUCGCUGACCGACCUGCUGAACUCGCCGCUCAGCGUCGGCGCCAGCGACUUUGAGUAUAAUAGGAACUUCUUUAAGAAACUAAACGAGCCAAUAAGGAAGGAGAUAUAUGACAAGAAGAUUGCACCAAAAGGGAAGAAACCCAAUUUCUAUAGCAUGAAGGAGGGUAUCCAGAAGAUCAGAGAGGGUCUAUUCGCGUUCCACAUGGAGCUGAACCCCGGCUACCGGCUGAUCCAGGACUCGUACCAGGAGGACGAGAAGUGCGACCUGAAGGAGAUCGACUACAUCAACGAGAUCGACCCCUGGGUGCCCGGCCAGAAGCGCGGGCAUUUCAGGGACCUGUUUAAGAUUAACUUCAUGAAAAUCCGAGAGUCGGGCAUCCAAGCCUGCAUCCACCACCGGCUACACGUGCCCAAGCCCAAGUGUUCUUAUGGGGUCUCCUCAUUCAGCUCAGUGGGGGUCACUGACAUCUACCCGGCGCUGCUCAUCACUCUCUAUGGGUUCCUGGUAGCUCCGGUGACGCUGCUGCUUGAAAUCACCUACAAGCAACUGUUGCGCGUUCGAGAGAAAAGGAAGGCACUGGAAAAGAUUGAUUUCACAGAGUGAUUUAAAAUUUAAGAGUUCACAUUUUACUUAACUGAAUUUAAUUGAGUUCACAAGCACUGCAUAAUACUUAACGAGUGCAUAAUGCAUAAUAAUGUAGGUUAACUAACUAGACUCUCUGUAGAC